AUGGCGCCCAGACCGUGUGCGCUGUGCGAAGAGGCACGCGCGGUGCUACGACGCCCUAAGACCGGGCAUAUGGUGUGCAGAGACUGCUUUUUUAAUGUAUUUGAAAUGGAAGUGCACAAUACCAUCAUUAGCGCCAAGCUUUUUAAACGCGGCGAUCGCGUGGCAAUUGGGGCUAGCGGCGGCAAAGACUCGACAGUGUUGGCACAUGUCAUGAAAACACUGAAUGAGCGAUACGACUAUGGUCUGCAACUCUUCUUGCUUAGUAUCGACGAGGGCAUUACAGGCUACCGCGAUGACAGUCUUGAGACGGUUAAACGCAACCAGGAACAGUACGGACUGCCGCUGACAAUUCUUGGGUAUAAGGAGCUGUACGGUUGGUCGAUGGACGAUAUUGUUGCGUCUGUUGGCAGGAAGAACAAUUGUACAUUUUGCGGCGUCUUUAGGCGCCAGGCGCUUGACCGCGGCGCGGCGUCGCUCGGAGUGGACCAUAUUGUCACCGGACACAAUGCAGACGACAUCGCGGAAACGAUUUUGAUGAAUGUACUUCGCGGCGACAUUGCGCGACUCGAGCGCUGCACGGAAAUUGUGACCAAAGGGCCUGAAGGAGACGAGACCGAGCAGCAAGGGUGCGGCGCAGGCGGAUCGUCGUUUGGCGGAAGCGGCAUCAAGCGAAGCAAGCCGUUCAAGUACGCGUACGAAAAAGAGAUUGUGAUGUACGCCUAUUUCAAGCAGCUCGACUACUUUAGCACAGAGUGUAUUUACUCGCCCAAUGCGUACCGAGGGUAUGCACGCACCUUUCUAAAAGAUUUAGAAGCGAUUCGGCCUACGAGCAUCAUUGAUAUCAUUCACUCGGGCGAGAAUUUGCAUGUGGGUGGCGAGGUGAAGCGCGCCGUGCAGCGGACGUGUGCACGGUGCGGCUACAUCUCUUCCAAUGAACUGUGCAAGGCGUGCGUUUUGCUUGAGGGGCUCAACCGCGGCAAGCCUGCGCUCGGAAUCCGCUCCGACAAGUCGCGUGCCGUGCGAGACGCAAGGACGGACAAUACUGAUAUUGGCCGCACCAUUCCGCGCUGGCAGGGCAUUUCCGUGCCUGGAAAAGAGUAG